UGUACCAAUGCUAUGGCGCAUUGAAUGAGAAACCAUUCAAACAGAUCAGACUUGGGCUGGUUUUUUUUUAAUUUUUAAGUGCUCUUUUGCAUCUAAUUUACUUGUAUUUUUUAGUCAUUUAUUAAUAAUUAUAGUUAUAAUAAUCUUGUGAUUAUAUUUUUUUACCGCAAUAGAAAUGUUAUCACUCGGAAAAUGCUUGCAAACAGGAGCACGACUGUGCAAAAGCCGAUCAAUUGCCAGUUUAUCCGCAUUGUCUGAGACGCAUCAAAUGCUGCAGAAAACAUGCCGAGAUUUUUCUGAUAACGAGCUGAUCCCAAUCGCCGCCAAAGUGGACCGUGAACACCUAUAUCCGGCUGAACAAAUACAAAAGAUGGGCGAACUCGGUUUAAUGGCUGUUUCAGUAGAAGAGCGGUUUGGUGGCACCGGUUUGGAUUACCUAGCAUACUCGAUUGCAAUGGAGGAAAUCUCGCGAGGUUGUGCCUCAGCAGGGGUCAUUAUGUCGGUGAACAACUCACUCUAUUUGGGACCAAUUGAGCGGUAUGGUAAUGAACAGCAGAAGCAGAAAUAUGUAGCUGGGUACACCGACGGUAAAACAGUUGGCUGCUUCGCGCUAUCUGAACCUGGAAAUGGUUCAGACGCAGGAGCGGCUUCCACCACAGCAACAUUGAGAGGAGACCGUUGGAUAUUGAAUGGCACCAAAAGUUGGAUCACAAAUGCGUACGAAGCUGGUAGUGCAGUGGUAUUCGCGACAACCGACAAAAACCUCAAACAUAAGGGUAUCUCGGCAUUCAUUGUUCCAAAGGAUACCAAAGGCUUCACGUUAGGCAAAAAAGAAGAUAAGCUCGGUAUUCGUGGAUCAUCAACUGCUCAGCUAAUUUUCGAAGAUUGCGAAAUCCCAAAGGAGAAUCUGUUGGGGGAAACGGGAUUCGGCUUUAAAAUUGCUAUGCAAACGCUCGAUGCUGGUCGUAUUGGGAUCGCUAGUCAGGCACUUGGGAUAGCUCAAGCUUCUUUAGAAUGCGCUGUUGACUAUGCAAAUAAACGCAUCGCGUUUGGGAAGCCGAUAUCGAAAUUACAAGCCAUCCAAUCGAAGAUUGCCGAUAUGGCGGUCAGCUUGGACUCGGCCCGCCUGUUAACAUGGCGUGCGGCUUGGAUGAAAGAUAACAAAAAACCUUAUACCAAAGAAGCUGCUCAGGCAAAACUAGCUGCGUCCGAGGCAGCAACAUUUUGCGCUCAUCAGUGCAUUCAGAUACUAGGCGGAAUGGGUUAUGUUUCCGAUAUGCCGGCGGAAAGACACUACAGGGACGCCAGAAUUACCGAAAUAUACGAAGGUACCUCAGAAAUUCAACGCCUAGUGAUAGCUGGACAAGUUAUAAAAGAAUUAUCAUCCUAAAGCAGAUUUCAUAAUACAUGUAUACAUUUUUGUAGAUUUCACUUGUAGACUGUGUAGAACAUUAGAGAUUUUGUAACUUUCGUAGAUUCACGAUAAAUAUAUACAUGUUACACUUUUAUAGCAUUUAUA